CCCAGGCUCUGCAGCAUGGAGCUCCUCGGCGAGGCCCGGCUCCUCUGGGUGCUGCUCCUGGUGCUGGCCACCUUCCUUAUCUGGCUCUUCUUCUUCUGCUGCUACAGCUGGAACCAGAGUUCAUCUCCCUCCCUGGAGACGUACCUAGCAGUGAUGCUGAAGAAGUCCAAACCCAAAGCUGCGGCUCAGAGGAGGAAAAAGCAGAAGGAGAAGCCGGCCGCUGGCGCUGGACCAGAGGAAGAGGUUCUGACCGAGCCUGCAGCCGCCGACCGAGAGGAUCUGGGUUCAGCAGCAGCGAGGAAGAGGAGGAGGAAGAAGAGGCAGCCUCCUAAAGCCCAGGCUUCAGUGGAAACCCAGAAGAACAUGGAGGAGCUGAAGGAGAAGCCCAGGAGGAGGCCUCUGGUCCGGGCUGCGUCAGAGGAGAGCUCCAGCGAUCUGAGCUCCGUUAGCGGCUCGCCGUUUCCGGGCGACACGUUACCCUGGAACCUCCCUAAGCACCACCGCAUGAAGCGCUCCAAGUCGGCCUCUGGAGACGUUCUGGAACCGGCGGAGAGGGCUGUGAUCCGCAUCGCAGAUGAACGGGACCGGGUUCAGAAGAAGACUUUCACAAAAUGGGUCAACAAGCACUUGGUGAAGCACUGGAAGGCAGAGGCCCAGCGGCACAUCACCGACCUUUACGAAGACCUCAGGGAUGGACACAACCUUAUCUCGCUGCUGGAGGUCCUCUCAGGAGAGACUCUGCCGCGGGAAAAGGGACGAAUGCGUUUCCACAAACUGCAGAAUGUCCAGAUCGCUCUGGACUUCCUCAAACACAGACAGGUUAAACUGGUCAACAUCAGAAACGAUGACAUAGCGGAUGGGAACCCUAAGCUGACCCUGGGCCUGAUCUGGACCAUCAUCCUUCAUUUCCAGAUCUCAGACAUCCAGGUCAACGGUCAGUCGGACAACAUGACGGCCAAAGAGAAGCUGCUGCUCUGGUCCCAGCGGAUGGUGGAGGGCUACCAGGGUCUGCGCUGCGACAACUUCACCACCAGCUGGAGGGACGGCAGGCUCUUCAACGCCAUCCUUCACAAACACAGGCCCGGUCUGGUGGACAUGAAUCUGGUGUACCGGCAGACCAACCAGGAGAACCUGGAGCAGGCCUUCAGCGUGGCGGAGCGAGAGCUGGGCGUCACCAGGCUGCUGGAUCCAGAAGAUGUGGACGUUCCCCAUCCGGACGAGAAGUCCAUCAUCACCUACGUCUCCUCACUGUACGACGCCAUGCCCAGGGUGCCGGACAUCCAGGACGGGAUAAGAGCCAAUGAGCUGGAGCUGCGCUGGCAGGAGUACUACGAGGUGGUCAGCAUGCUGCUCCAGUGGAUCAGACACCACAUCCUGGUCUUCGAGGAGAGGAAGUUCCCCAACAGCUACGAGGAGGUCGAGGUUCUCUGGCGUCAGUUCCUGAAGUUUAAGGAAACCGAGCUUCCGGCCAAAGAGGCCGACAAGAAUCGCUCCAAACACAUCUUCCAGUCGUUUGAGGGCGCCGUCCAGGCCGGGCAGGUCAAGGUGCCUCCUGGUUACCAUCCGUUUGACGUGGAGAAGGAGUGGGGGCGGCUGCACGUGGCCAUCCUGGAGCGAGAGCGCCUCCUUCGGAUCGAGUUUGAGAGGUUGGAGCGACUUCAGAGGAUCGUCAGUAAGGUCCAGAUGGAGUCGGGGGUGUGCGAGGAGCAGCUCAACCAGGUGGAGACGCUGCUGCAGACGGAUGUGAGGAUGAUGAGCGCCGGCAAACCUGCUCAGCACACGGCAGAGGUGGAGGCCGACCUGGAGAAAGCAGAGGGAAUGAUCCGCUUCCUCUUCGAUGACGUUCAGCGGCUGAAAGAUGGACGCCACCUGCAGGCGGAACAGAUGUACCGCAGAGUUUAUCGUCUCCAUGAGAGACUCGUAAACGUCCGCAGUGAAUAUAACCUGCGGCUGAAGUCGGGUGUGACCACCUCCCAGAUCCCCAUCACCCAGAUCCCCAUCACCCAGAUCCCCAUCACCCAGAUCCCCAUCACCCGGGUAUCCAUGACCCCCGGCCUGAAGGAGUCCUCCAGCAGGCGACCAGAGCUGGAUGAGGUCACCCUGCGCUACGUCCAUGACCUGCUGGGCUGGGUGGAGGAGAACCAGCGGCGCGUGGAUGAAGGCGAGUGGGGCUCCGACCUGCCCAACGUGGAGGCGCAGCUGGGCAGCCACCGCGGCCUGCACCAGUCCGUGGAGGAGUUCCGCUCCAAGAUCGAACGGGCGAAGGCCGAUGAGAGUCAGAUUUCUCCCGCCAGUAAAGCUGCGUACCGGGAUUAUCUGGGGAAACUGGAGCUGCAGUACGGAAAGCUGCUGAACGCCUCAAAGGCUCGUCUGCGCUUCCUGGCGGAGCUGCACGCCUUCGUCAGCGCCGCCACCAAGGAGCUGAUGUGGCUCAACGAGAAAGAGGAGGAGGAGGUCAACUUCGACUGGAGCGAGCGGAACACCAACAUGGCCUCCAAGAAGGAAAGCUACUCGGGUUUGAUGAGGGAACUGGAGCUCCGGGAGAAGAAGGUGAACGGAGUUCAGGCCACAGGAGACAAGCUGCUGCGGGACGGACACCCCGCCAGGCAGACCAUCGAGGCCUUCACGGCGGCGCUGCAGACUCAGUGGAGUUGGCUCCUCCAGCUGUGCUGCUGCAUCGAGACGCACCUGAAGGAAAACACAGCCUACUUCCAGUUUUUUGCUGAUGUGAGAGAGGCUGAGGAGAGGAUGAAGAAGAUGCAGGAAGUGAUGAAGAGGAAGUACACCUGCGACCGCUCCGUCACCGUGACGCGGCUGGAGGAUCUGCUGCAGGACGCCGCUGAUGAGAAGGAGCAGCUGGCCGAGUUUCAAACUCACCUGGAAGGUCUGAAGCGGCGAGCCAAGACCGUGGUCCAGCUGAAGCCGCGGAACCCCGCCAGCGCCAUCAAGGGGAAACUGCCCAUCCAGGCCGUCUGCGACUUCAAACAGAUGGAGAUCACCGUCCACCGAGGAGACGAGUGCGCCCUGCUCAACAACUCGCAGCCGUUUAAUUGGAGAGUUCUGAACGACAAAGGCAGCGAGGCGUCGGUGCCGUCCAUCUGCUUCCUGGUGCCGCCCACCAAUAAGGACGCCGUCAACCUGGUUGCCGGGCUGGACGGGAACCUGCAGAGGCUGCAGACCACCUGGCAGACCAUGUCUGUGGACCUGAAGAGUCUGUUAUCCUGGCAGUACCUGAUGAGAGACAUCCACAUCAUCAACUCCUGGAACAUCACCAUGUUUAAGACUCUGCGGGUGGACGAGUACCGGCUGGCUCUGAGGAACCUGGAGCAGCACUACCAGGACUUCCUGAGGGACAGCCAGGACUCCCAGAUGUUCGGGGCGGAGGACCGAAUGCAGGUGGAGUCCAACUACAACCGCGCCAACCAGCACUACCAGACCAUGGUCAGCUCUGCAGAGCAAGGCUUCGCGCCGCCCAGAGCAGGCGAGCAGGACGAGUCGGUGUGUAAGACCUACCUGACAAAGAUCAAAGACCUCCGUUUGAGGCUGGAGGGCUGCGAGAACCGUACGGUGACGCGUCUGCGGCAGCCGCUGGACAAGGAACCGCUGAAAGCCUGCGCCGCCAAGACCACGGAGCAGAUGAAGGUCCAGUCGGAGCUGGAGGGCCUGAAGAAGGACCUCGGCUCCAUCGCUGAGAAGACGGAGGAGGUCCUGGCGUCUCCUCAGCAGUCCAGCUCUGCUCCGAUGCUGCGCUCCGAGCUGGACGUCACCCUGAAGAAGAUGGAGCACGUCUACGGACUGUCCACCGUCUACCUGGACAAGCUGAAGACCGUCGACGUGGUGAUCCGGAACACUAACGAUGCAGAGGACUCGCUGAAGAACUACGAGACCCGUCUGCGGGACGUCAGCAAGGUUCCUGCCGAUGAGAAGGAGGUGGAGGAGCGGCGCGGCCAGCUGAAGGCGAUGCGGGCUGAAGCCGAGGCCGACCAGGCCGUCUUCGACCGGCUGCAGGACGAGCUCCGCAGGGCGACGGCCAUCAGCGACAAGAUGAGCAGGAUCCACGGCGAGCGCGAAGGCGAGCUGGAUCACUACCGGCAGCUGGUGAGCGGCCUCCUGGAGCGCUGGCAGGCUCUGUUCGCUCAGAUCGACCUGCGGCUGCGGGAGCUGGACCUCCUGGGGCGCCGGAUGAGGAGCUACAGGGAGAGCUACGAGUGGCUGAUCCGAUGGCUGGGAGAGGCGCGGCAGCGGCAGGAGAAGAUCCAGUCUGUGCCCAUCGGAGACGGGAAGGCUCUCAGGGAGCAGCUGGCAGAGGAGAAGAAACUCUUGGAGGAAAUUGAGAAAAAUGAAAAAGAAGUCCAAAGCUGUCAGAAAAAUGCCAAAGCGUACAUCGAUUCAGUGAAGGAUUACGAGCUGCUGGUCCUGACCUACCGAGCUCUGCAGGAUCCCAUGGCUUCUCCUCUGAAGAAACCCAGGAUGGAGUGUGCUUCAGACGACAUCAUCCAGGAGUAUGUGACCCUGAGAACCCGCUACAGCGAGCUGAUGACGCUCACCAACCAGUACAUCAGGUUCAUCACAGACACACAGCGCCGCCUGGAGGACGACGAGAAAGCUUCAGAAAAACUAAAAGAAGAAGAAAGAAGAAAACUGGCAGAGGUUCAGGCUGAGCUGGAAAAGCAGAAGCAGCUGGCCGAGGCGCAGGCGAAGUCCGUGGCCAAAGCAGAGCAGGAGGCCCAAGAGCUGAAGCUGAAGAUGAAGGAGGAGGCGGACAGGAGGCAGGAUGUGGCCGUGGACUCGGAGAAGCAGAAGCAGAACAUCCAGCAGGAGCUGCAGCAGCUGAGGAGCCUCUCUGAGCAGGAGAUCAAGUCCAAGAGUCAGCAGCUCAAGGAGGCGUUGGACAGUCGGACCAAGAUCGAGGAGGAGAUCCACAUCAUCCGGAUCCAGCUGGAAACGACGAUGAAGCAGAAAAGCACGGCCGAGUCCGAGUUACAGAACCUCCGAGACAAAGCGGCAGAGGCGGAGAAGCUCCGGAAAGCAGCUCAGGACGAGGCGGAGAGGCUCCGCAAGCAGGUCGCAGAGGAGACCCAGAGGAAGAAAAACGCUGAAGAUGAGCUGAAGCGCAAAGCUGAAGCCGAGAAGGAAGCGGCCAAGCAGAGGCAGAAAGCUCUGGAAGAGCUGCAGAAGUUUAAAAUGCAGGCCGAGGAAGCAGAGAGGCGCGUGAAGCAGGCCGAGGAGGAGAAGCUGAGGCAGAUCAAGGUGGUGGAGGAGGUGGCGCAGCAGAGCGCCGCCACCCACUUGCAGUCCGAAGCCAGGUCGUACAGCCGAAAGACGACAGAACUGGAGAACUCUCUGAGGAAAGAGCAGGGCACCGUCCUGCAGCUGCAGGAGGAGGCGGAGCGGCUCAGGAGGCAGCAGGAGCAGGCAGAGAAAGCCAGAGAGCUGGCAGAGCAGGAGCUGGAAACAUGGAGGCAGAAAGCCAACGAGGCCCUCCGCCUCAGGCUGCAGGCGGAGGAGGAGGCCCAGAAGAAGAGCCAGGCUCAGGAGGAGGCGGAGCGGCAGAAGGUCGAAGCCGAACGAGACGCCAAGAGGAGAACGAAGGCGGAGGAGGCGGCGCUGAAGCAGAAAGAAAACGCUGAAAAAGAGCUGGAGAAGCAGAGGCAGUUCGCAGAGCAGAUAGCGCAGCAAAAACUCUCCGCCGAGCAGGAAUGCAUCCGGCUGAAGUCCGACUUCGACCACGCUGAACAGCAGAGGGCGCUGCUGGACAGCGAGCUCCAGCGUCUGAAGAACGAAGUGAGCGCUGCAGAAAACCAGCGCAAGCAGCUGGAAGAGGAGCUGGCCAAAGUCCGCAGUGAAAUGGACGCCCUGCUGCAGAUGAAGGUCAAAGCGGAGAAGGAGACGCUGUCCAAGUCGGAAAAGAGCAAGCAGCUCUUGGAGUCCGAAGCUCUGAAGAUGAAACAGCUAGCCGAGGAGGCCGCACGGCUCAGAGCGGUCGUUGAAGAGGCAAAGAAGCAGAGACAGAUCGCAGAAGACGAGGCGGCGCAGCAGAGAGCGGAGGCCGAGAAGAUCCUCAAGGAAAAGCUGGCCGCCAUCAACGAGGCGACGCGAUUGAAGACAGAGGCGGAGAUCGCCCUGAAAGCCAAGGAGGCGGAGAACGAGAGACUGAAGCGCAAGGCGGAGGAGGAGGCGUAUCAGAGGAAGCUCCUGGAGGACCAAGCUGCCCAGCACAAGCAGGAGAUAGAGGAGAAGAUCACCCAGCUGAAGGGCUCCUCUGACUCUGAGAUGGAGAGGCAGAAAACUGUGGUGGAGGAAACUCUGAGGCAGAAGAAGGUGGUGGAGGAGGAAAUUCACAUCAUCAGGAUCAACUUUGAGAAAGCAUCGAAGGAGAAGUCCGGCCUGGAGCUGGAGCUGAAGAAACUGAAGGAGGCGGCGGAUCAGACGCAGCAGAGCAAACUAAAAGCUGAGGAGGAGGCGGAGAAACUGAAAAAACUGGCAGCAGAGGAGGAGAAGAAGAGAAAGGAAGCCGAGGAGAAGGUGAAGAGAAUCGCUGCCGCAGAGGAAGAGGCGGCGCGGCAACGCAAAGCUGCUCAGGAGGAAGUGGAGCGACUCAAAAAGAAGGCGGAGGAAGCCAACAAGCAGAGGGACAACGCCGAGAAGGAGGCGGAGCGGCAGGCGGUCCUGGCCAAGGAGGCGGCGCAGAAAUGCGGCGCUGCCGAGCAGAAAGCUCAGAAUGUUCUCAGCAAGAACAAGGAGGACCUUCUGGCUCAGGAGAAGCUCCGAGAUGAAUUUAAAAACGCAAAGAAGCUCGCUGAGGCUGCCGAGAAGGACAAAGAGAAGGCGGAGAAAGAGGCAGCGCUGCUUCGACAGAAAGCCGAGGAGGCCGAGAGGCAGAGAAAAACUGCUGAGGACGAAGCCGCUAAACGGGCCGCCGCUCAACAGGAAGCAGAAAGACUGAGGAAGGAGGCAGAGGAAGAGGCAUCGAGGCGAGCCGCCGCCGAGGCAGCCGCGCUGAAGCAGAAGCAGCAGGCGGACGCAGAGAUGGCCAAACACAAGAAAGAGGCCGAAAAGGCACUGAAGCAGAAAUCCCAGGUGGAGAAGGAACUUUCAGCCGUCAAGCUGCAGCUGGAGGAAACAGACAAGCAGAGAGAAGUGCUGGAGGCGGAGCUUCAGAGAGUCAAAGGAGAAGUCCACGAUGCCGUCAAACAGAAAGCUCAGGUGGAGGAAGAGCUUUCCAAAGUAAAGAAUCAGAUGGAUGAGCUCCUCAAAGUCAAACUCAAGAUCGAGGAGCAAAACCGUCUCCUCAUGCAGAAAGACAAGGACAGCACCCAGAAGUUACUCCAGGAGGAGGCCGAGAAGAUGAAGAACCUGGCAGCAGAAGCAGCCCGGCUCUCUGUGGAGGCUGAGGAGGCGGCCAGGCAGAGACAGAUGGCGGAGGCAGAUUUGGCUGAGCAGAGAGCGCUAGCUGAGAAGAUGCUGAAGGAGAAAAUGCAGGCCAUCCAGGAGGCAACGAGACUGAAGGCUGAAGCAGAGGAGCUCCAGAAACUCAAGGAGCAGGCUCAGGAGAAGGCACAACAACUGCAGCAGGACAAACGCCAGAUCCAGCAGCGCCUUGAGAAGGACACAGAGGACUUCCAGAAAUCUCUAGAGGUGGAGCGCACCAGGCACCGGGAAGCUUCUGCUGAGGCAGAGAAGCUGAAGCUCAGAGUCAAGGAGCUCAGCGAGGCUCGGUCCAAAGCCGAAGACGAGGCCAAGAAGUUUAAAAAGCAGGCAGAAGAAGCUAAAGGCCGUCUCCAGGACACAGAGAUACAGGUGAAGGAAACCGUUGUGCAGAAACUGGAGACUCAGAGGCUGCAGAGCAGCAGGGAAGCUGAUGAUCUGAAAAAAGCAAUAGCGGAGCUGGAGGAAGAGAAGAAGAAGCUGAGGAAAGAUGCCGAGGAGCUUCAGAGGAAGACUCAACAGAUGGCGACUGCCCAACAGGAGCAGAUUGAGCAACAGAAGGUCCUACUUGAACAAACGUUCCUCUCUGAGAAGGAGCUGCUACUGAAAAGAGAAAAAGCCGUGGAAGAGGAGAAAACAAAGCUGGAGAAACAGUAUGAGGAGGAAGUAAAGAAGGCAAAGGCAUUUAAAGAAGAACAAGAGCGGCAGCUCACACUCAUGGAGGAGGAGAGGAAGAAGCUGCAGGCCAUAAUGGACGAGGCUGUGAAGAAGCAGAAGGAGGCUGAAGCAGAGGUGAAAAACAAAAAGAAGGAGAUGGAGGAGCUUGAAAAGAAGAGACUGGAGCAAGAAAAACUCUUGGAAGAGGAGAACAAAAAGCUCAGAGAGAAACUGCAGAGUUUGGAGGUUGCUCCUAAAAAGGGUACGUCCAAAACAAAGGAAAUAGAAGUUCAGACUGAACAAGUUCAGGAGGAACAGCUGGGAACCACCAGGAAAGUUCUCAACGGCUCAGUGGAAGUGGACGGGGUGAAGAAAGAUGGCGGAUCCCCAUUUGCAUUUGACGGAAUGAGAGAGAAGGUUCCAGCAGAGAGACUUCUGGACAUUGGUGUCCUGAGCAAGAAGGACAUGGACAAACUGAAAAAAGGCAAAGUCACAGUGCAGGAGCUUAUGAAGACCGACAAAGUCAGAUCGUGUCUCAAAGGCCAGAGCUGCAUCGGAGGCAUCCUGACUCCAUCCAAAGAAAAAACGAGUGUCUACAAAGCCAUGACUGAGAACAAGAUCACCCCGGAGGCUGCUGCAAUGCUUCUGGAAGCUCAAGCAGCUUCAGGCUACAUUGUUGAUCCAGUGAAGGACAAACUUCUCUCUGUAGACGAGGCUGUUAAGGAGGAGUUAGUUGGACCUGAACUCCAUGAACGUCUCCUUUCUGCUGAGCGAGCGGCCACUGGCUUCAGAGAUCCAUACACCGGAGCUCGAAUCUCUGUGUUUGAGGCCAUGAAGAAGGGCCUAAUGGAUAAAGAGCAGGCCACCAAAUUCCUGGACGUGCAGCUUGCAACGGGUGGAAUCGUUGAUCCCAUCAACAGUCACAGAGUCCCACUCCAGACGGCUUACAAGCAGGGGCAGUUUGAUGCAGACAUGAACAAGAAACUCACAGAUCCCAGUGACGAGUCCAAGUUGUUCAUUGAUCCCAGCACUCAGGAGCCACUCACAUAUAAACAGCUGCUGGAGAAGUGUACCAAAGACCCAGAAACGGGCCUGCUGAUUUUACCGGUUACAGCGCAAGCUGGUCAGAGAGAGAGAACAUACACGGAUAUGGAGACCAAAGAGGUGUUCAGCAGCUCCAAUGUCAACGUUCCGUUUGGAAAGUUUAAAGGAAAAACUGUCACCAUCUGGGAAGUGAUCAAUUCCGAGUAUUUCACUGAGGAACAGAGAAGAGAGCUGAUCCGGCAGUACAAGACUGGUAAGAUCACCGUGGAGAAAGUCAUCAAAAUCGUCAUCACUGUGGUUGAAGACAAGGAGAAGGAAAGCGGAAACCUCUUCAAGGGUUUGAGGGCUCCAGUGACCGCCAAUGAGCUCCUGGAGUCUAAGAUCAUAAAUAAAGACUUGUUCAACAAACUGAGCAAUGGGAAGAUCUCAGUCAAAGAGGUUUCUGAGAUGGAUGCUGUAAAGAAGGCCCUGCAGGGUACCCCCAGCAUCGCAGGUCUCCUGAACGAACCAACUAAAGAGAAGAUGCCUUUCUAUCAAGCCUUGAAGAAAGAACUACUGUCCCCAGAGACAGCUGUGAAUCUUCUGGAAGCUCAGGCAGCAACAGGAUUUCUGAUCGACCCUGUGAAAAACGAACGCAUGCCUGUUGACCAAGCUGUUAAAUCGGGUCUCGUUGGUCCAGAGCUGCAUGAGCGUCUCCUGUCAGCAGAGCAAGCUGUCAGCGGCUACAAAGAUCCCUACACGGGGAAAAAGGUGUCCCUUUUUGAAGCCAUGAGCAAAGGCCUCGUAAAAAAAGACCAAGGAAUCCGUCUGCUGGAAGCCCAAAUUUCAACGGGCGGAGUUAUAGAUCCUGUUAAAAGCUGUCGCGUCCCCAAUGAAGUCGCCUACAAAAGAGGAUACUUUGAUGAAGAAAUCAACAAGACCUUGAACCAAAGCACAGAUGAGACAAAACUGUUUUAUGAUCCCAACUCACAGCAGGAAACCACCUAUGCACAACUUAUGGAUCAAUGUGUCAGAGACAAAGAGACCGGACUGCCAUUACUUCCCCUUUCAAAGAAGGCUCCAAAGCCGAAAGAGGACAAACAAAUAACUGAGGCCAAAACCAAAGAGGCUCUAAACGAGAAGACAAUGGAGCUGGAAUAUGGACCUUUCAAAGGAAGAAAAGUCACAGUUUGGGAGAUCAUAAACUCUGAAUACAUCACAGAGGAACAGAGAAUAGAACUGAUCCGACAGUAUAGAAUGGGACUGAUAACAAUCGAGAAGCUGAUUAAGAUUGUGAUUACGACGGUUGAUGAAAAAGAGGAAAAACCAAAGGAAGAAGCUUGUUUUGAAGGCCUGAGAGAACGGGUCAGUGCCAGCUCACUUCUUGAUUCCAACAUUAUUGACAAGGCCACAUUUGAGCAACUUCAGCAGGGCAAAAAGGCCCCCAAAGACAUCAGCCAAACUGAUAAAGUCAGAAAGUACCUGCAUGGCUCGGACCGCAUCGAUGGCAUCACCAUGGAAGACUCUGAUGAGAAGCUGAGCAUAUAUGAAGCAAUGAAAAGGAAGGUCUUACAGCAUAACACUGGACUGGAACUUCUUGAGGCCCAAGCUGGGACUGGUUUUAUAACUGAUCCAGUGAAAAAUGAGAAAUACUCUGUGGAUGAUGCUGUUAAGGCUGGAGUCGUUGGCCCCGAGCUUCACGAGAAACUUCUGUCUGCUGAAAAGGCAGUGACAGGAUACAAAGAUCCAUACACUGGCAGUAAGAUUUCCCUGUUCCAAGCCAUGAAGAAAGCUCUGGUGUUGAGAGAGCACGCUAUUCCUAUUCUAGAAGCUCAGAUGACAACUGGUGGAAUCAUCGAUCCAGUCAGCAGCCAUCGUGUUCCUGUUGACGUUGCCGUCCAGCGUGGCAUCCUCAGUAAAGAAAUGUUAAAAUCAUUCAACGAACCGACAGGUGAUAUUAAGGGCUUCACCAACCCGGGCACCAAUGAAAGGGUAACCUACAAACAGCUGCUGGAGGCAUGCAUUCGAGAUCCCAACACAGGUCUGUGCUACCUGCCAUUGCCAAAGGGUGAAGCUCCUGCAACGACUGAGAAGUCCUACGAGUACACAGAGGAGCAAACUCAAAAAGAUCUAGCAAACACUCCUAUUGAAAUCCCACAUCAGAGCUUUGCAGGAAGAACCAUGACCAUUUGGGACGUCAUGAACUCAAACAUGCUCCCUGAAAGCGAGAGACAGCGGCUGCUAGAACAGUAUCGCUUGGGACAAAUCACCAAGGAAAGGAUGCUCAUCAUCAUCAUCGAAAUCAUUGAACAAAGAGAGACUCUAAAGCUGGAGCAGGGCAUGUCGUGUGAUGUGAUCAGGAGAAGAGUCACUAUCGAGGAGCUGUACAGCGCUCGAAUUAUUGACCUUCACACAUACAACCUCCUGAAGCAGGAGAAGAUGAGUAUCCGAGAGGUGAUGGAGAUGCCAUCGGUCAAGCAGUACCUCUUUGGGACAGGUUGCAUUGCAGGGAUUUUAUCAGACAGUCCUCCUAAAAUCAGCAUUUACCAGGCUAUGAAGAAUGGCAAAGUUAAGCUUGAAGUUGCUUUGAAACUUCUCGAGGCCCAGGCAGCAACGGGAUUCAUGAUUGAUCCAGUGAAAGACGAGCUCCUAACAGUUGAUGAAGCUGUACGUAAGGGCCUUGUUGGCCCUGAGCUCCAUGACAAACUCCUCUCAGCUGAGCGUGCGGUAACAGGAUACAGGGAUCCAUACAGUGGGAAGGUGAUUUCUCUCUUCCAGGCCAUGAAAAAAGGCCUGGUUCCUGAAGAUUAUGCCUUAAGGCUUCUGGAGGCACAGAAUGCCACUGGAGGUCUGAUGGAUCCUGAAUACUACUUCCACCUUCCUGUAGAUGUUGCAAUGCAGCGCGGAUACAUUAAUAAGGAAACGCUUGACCGGAUAACCGAACCUACGGCGGAUGUUAGAGGUUACAUCGACCCAGCGACCGAUGAGGAACAGACCUAUGCACAGCUGCUGAAGAGAUGCAGGGUUGAUAAAGAAAGUGGAAUGCGGUUGCUGUCCCUGGCCGGCAGUCAGCUCUUCAAGGGUCUCAGAAGACAAAUCACUGCAGACGAGCUCCUUCGUUCACAAAUUAUUGACCAAAAGACCUACAACGAUCUCACUGAUGGCCUCAUCACAGUGGAGGAGAUCAGCAGAGGACUGAAGAAGUACCUUGAGGGCACCAGCUGUAUAGCAGGUGUGUAUGUCGAGUCUACCAAAGAUCGCCUUUCUAUCUACCAAGCAAUGAAAAAGAACAUGAUCCGGCCAGGAACAGCCUUUGAGCUGCUUGAGGCUCAAGCUGCCACAGGAUACAUCAUCGACCCCAUCAAGAACCUCAAACUGAAUGUCACAGAAGCUGUUAAGUUGGGUGUCGUUGGCCCAGAAUUUAAAGACAAACUCCUCUCAGCUGAACGAGCAGUCACAGGCUACAGAGACCCUUACUCUGGACAGAUUGUCUCGCUUUUCCAGGCGAUGAAAAAGGAUCUCAUUCUAAAAGACCACGGCAUUCGGCUGCUUGAGGCCCAGAUCGCCACUGGGGGGAUUAUCGAUCCCCAGGGGAGUUACCGUUUGCCAGUGGAGACGGCAUAUGAGCGUGGCCUUUUUGACGAGGAAAUGAAUACGAUCCUCACAGAUCCCUCAGAUGACACAAAGGGCUUCUUUGACCCAAACACAGAGGAAAACCUCACCUACCUGCAACUGAUGGAGAGGUGUAUGACAGAUCCAGAAACAGGCUUUCGUCUGCUGCUGAUGAAGGAGAAGAAACAUGAGAGGAAGACGUCGUCCAAGUCUUCGGUUCGUAAGCGAAGGGUUGUCAUCGUUGAUCCAGAGUCUGGCAAGGAGAUGUCUGUGUAUGAAGCAUAUCAGAAAGGUCUGAUUGAUCACCAGACAUACAUAGAGCUCUCAGAGCAGGAGUGCGAAUGGGAGGAGAUAACGAUAACUUCAUCUGAUGGAGUGGUAAAGUCCAUGAUCAUCGACAGAAGGUCCGGACGGCAGUAUGACAUUGAUGAUGCAAUCUCAAAAGGCCUGAUAGAUAAGUCUGCACUGGAUCAGUACCGAGCAGGAUCCCUGUCCAUUACAGAGUUUGCAGACAUGCUUUCUGGAAACAUGAGUGGAAGCAGAUCACGUUCCUCCUCCUUUGGCUCCUCCUCCUCCUAUACCUCAAGCCCAGUACCUUCCAUUAAAACACCAGCAACCACCUGGAAUGACCCAUCUGAGGAAACUGGGCCUGUAGCUGGAAUAUUAGACACAGACACACUGGAAAAGGUUUCUGUCACCGAGGCCAUUCACCGAAACCUGGUUGACAACAUAACAGGUCAACGGUUACUGGAAGCUCAGGCCUGCACUGGGGGGAUUAUUGACCCAAACACAGGAGAGAAGUUCUCUGUAGCUGAUGCGAUGAAUAAAGGACUUGUGGAUAAAAUCAUGGUGGACCGCAUCAGUUUAGCCCAGAAGGCGUACAAUGGAUUUGAGGAUCCCAGAACUAAAACCAGAAUGUCUGCUGCCCAAGCCCUGAAGAAAGGAUGGCUUUACUACGAAGCCGGACAGCGGUUCCUUGAGGUCCAGUAUCUUACUGGUGGGCUUAUUGAGCCAGAUGCCUCAGGCAGAGUCUCCAUUGAUGAGGCUAUGAAGAAGGGCACCUUAGACACCCGCACAGCCCAGAAGUUAAGAGAUGUCAGCGCAUAUUCAAAAUACCUCACCUGCCCAAAAACCAAGCUCAAGAUCUCCUACAAGGAUGCCAUGGAAAGAAGCAUGAUUGAGGAAGGAACCGGUCUGCGGCUGCUCGAAGCAUCGUCUCAGUCCACCAAAGGCCUUUACAGCCCGUACAGCAUCAGCGGUUCUGGCUCUGCUACCGGAUCACGAUCCGGUUCCAGAACCGGUUCCAGAUCAGGCUCCAGGAGAGGCAGCUUUGAUGCCACGGGAUCCAGUUUCACAACGACCUUCUCGUCGUCCUCCUACGGUUCUCCGAGCUAUAGCCGGCGCUACUGAGGACGGAUGUGCUUUAAAAUCACAACGCUCACCAGAUGCCUACUUCCCUGUGGAAUAAUAACUUCUUUUAUUGUGUUCUGCAUGGGGUUGUUACAACACUUGCAAUUUUUUUUAUUUUUUACCAGCUUAUUUUUUUUUUGUUUAUUGUAUAUUUGACUCCUCAUUAGAUUCAUGAUCAUGUACUGUAAGCAGUACAAUUGUCUUGGUUUGACUUUUUUUAAUAUUCAUUUUAAGAUACGUAUUUAGUCUUCCACAAACAUACAAUCAUUUCCCAAAACCUACUGUCGGACUGUUAACCCAACCAAAUCGGAUGUACAAACUAAGGUUUCUGUCCAUGUGUAUAUUUCUGAAAAGUCAAGAGAAAACUCUUCUCUGCAGAGCAGAAUAUGGAGUCAAUGGAUAGUCUGCUUAAAGGAUGCAAAGCUUCAAUAUCUUUCCUCUCCUGGGCUUCACUGCCAUAUUUACUCUGAAAUGCAUAAACUCAGCUUCAUCACCAGGUUCUGAGCGCUGCAGUUAGAGCGACGUGUGCACACAGUGCAACAGGCACCAAGCAAGGAACAUCUGCCUGUUUGACUCGGAUUGUCUAAAUUCCUGCUUAUCGUGGAGGCACAGAGAGCCGAUUAUAAAGAGAAACUUUGGAUUUAGUUUGAUAUCCGAUUUCGAGGAUCGAGUGUGUUGAAUAUCUGUGUGCGCUACUCGGACUCGUCUAUCCGGGAGCCAAACGUGUAAAAGAGGGAUAUGAAGCUAACUAGAGGGAAACGCGCUGCCUUGGUAAUUUGUGCAGUUUUGUGCUGAACGCCCUAAAAAGAAAAGGCGACGACGGAGCUACUACGAUAGGAACUACUCUGGUAGCUACUUCGGUCAGUCAGUUACAGAAAGAACUCUAUGUAACUCGCGUUCCCACCAUGCUUCUGUGUUUUCGUCUGAGAGAAAGAAGAAGAAUCCUAGUUUGCGUUGUCACUACCCGAUCCGUCCCGGAAGCACGAUCCGUCCUGCGUAAACAGAAUAACUUCUGGGUAGGCGAAUACUUAGUUUUUCUUACUUUUUUAUUAUUUUGUCCUUUUCGUGCCGGAGGGCUACCCACCUCUCCCCAUUUAUAUCACGGUCUAACAGUUACUUUGUUCACCUGAAACUGACCUUUUUUCAGUUUUGUUAUCGAUCAGGUAAAACUUCAUUGGUCAUUAGACACGCUAACGCUACAGAUGCUCCAGACUCGGCACACUGACGCUGCGGGAUGUUGUUAUCGUUGUCUGUUUGACAUCAUGUGGCAACGUUCAGCCAAUCAUGUAGCGUAACGUCACUGGCAGGAAGCAGGACCAGAGCAGAUCUGGUAGCUACGGCGGCUUUAAAACGCCACAUCGCUGAAACACCAGCGCUGCUCUGCUGCUCGGUUCGGUCGCGUUGCUCUAAAAAUCUGCAGAAGACUCUUUGAGCUUUGGUUGUUCAGAGAAGCAUCCAACUGAUGCAUGACUCAAAGCUCAGCUAAAAAACAGCUUCCAGCCGUAAAAACCCUGCUGGUUACAGACGUCAGGCCUUCUUUAGCCCAGGUUAACGUCACUCACUCACAGUUUUAAUCCCUAGACUUCGUAUUCAGACUGUAGGGAUGAUAAAUGAACAGCAGGAAAAGCCAUAAGUUAAAAUUUUUUGAGGAAGAUCUUUAAGCUUUGCAGCACAUCCAGUAUUUGUAUUCGACACUAAAUGUACUUAUUUCAUGUUAAAUCUUCUUUGUAAAGCAGCCCAUUGAUCUAUAUCUCAUUUUAUUUUCAUAUUCUAUAUUUCUGCUUCGCAUGAUUUACUAACAUAUAAUAGAAGCAGCAGGUAUUAUAUCCUUCCAAGCUUAUUUUUUGCUGUUUCUAGAGGCUUGAAGGAUUGUAUCUUAGUGAGGGUUCAUCAAGCCUCGUUUGGUGUAUUUAUAAAAAUAAAAAUGGGUUGUGGAAGUUUGUUGUUACACCUUAAGCCUGUAAAUAAACACAGAAACUAAAAAGAAAAAA